CGGUUGGUUGGAUCUUUAACGUGUCUUUACAGGCUCGGCAUAAGUCGCUCAGUGGAUUGUGUAAAUGUUUCCAGCUGCCGGGCGAGGCGGGAAAACCCACGCUGACCCGAUCGCACGACUAUACUUUCCCCUAAGAGGGCAAAAGUCCAGAACCGGAACAGGGCAAAGGUUGACCCAGCAGCUUUGAGCUCCAUCUGACUCGCUGCUGUCAAGUUGAUGUCACUCAACCCCGUGAGAGGAGAAGCACACGCAAGAUGAGCACCACAGGAGAAUCGGUCCUCAGCAACGGCGUUGCAGCCAUGGAUCUUCAUGCUGACAGCAUCACUCCAGACUCAGAGAUCCAGCAAACUCCUCCAGCUGCUCAGACGCCAGCUUCUCCAGCGGCGGAGGAAGUCGUUGAAGGUCUUUCAACAGAGGAGCCCAAGGUCGUUCCCAUGUCGACGCAGAGUCUGGCGACAACCCUAGCCCCUGCCGACAAGCUGUGGAGCACCAGCAGAGACAAGGCGGUCAAACUGAGGAUGGAGGGGUCAGGUCCGGGCUCGGAGACCCCAGUCACCAUCCAUCAGAUGUUUCUGGAGACGGUGGAGAAGAGCGCCGACCAGACCGCUUUGAUCUUCAAACAAGACGGCCAGCCGGCGUCUCUCACCUGGAGGGAGUACUAUGAGAAGUGUCGUGCGGCGGCCAAGAGCUUCCUGAAGCUGGGCCUGGAACGUUUUCAUGGCGUCGGGAUUCUGGGGUUUAACUCCCCGGAGUGGUUCAUUUCAGACAUUGGAUGCAUCUUUGCUGGUGGGUUGGCAGCUGGAAUUUACACCACCAAUUCCCCAGAAGCUUGCCAGUAUGUGGCUGCCAACUGUGAGGCCAACAUCCUGGUUGUGGAGAACCAGAAGCAGCUUGAUAAAAUCCUGCAGGUUAAAGAUCAGCUACCUCACCUGAAGGCCAUCGUCCAGUAUAAAGGCGAACUCCAACAGAAAACCUCCUUCCUCUACUCAUGGGAAGAGUUUAUGAAGCUCGGAGAGGACGUCCCAGACGAGCAGCUGAACGCCAUGAUUGACAGUCAGCGGGCCAACGAGUGCUGCACCCUCAUCUACACCUCUGGAACCACCGGCAACCCGAAAGGAGUCAUGCUGAGCCAAGACAACGUAACUUGGACGGCCCGUACGUCGUCUAGCUUGAUUAGCAAAAACUACGGUCAGGAGAUCCUGAUCAGCUACCUGCCUCUGAGCCACGUUGCAGCCCAGAUGAUUGACAUUUGGAUAAGCAUGAGUUUUGCAGGAACCACCUACUUCGCAGAGCCAGAUGCCCUCAAGGGCUCCCUGGUGAACACGCUGAGAGAUGCUCGGCCGACUUGUUUUCUUGGGGUUCCCCGAGUGUGGGAGAAGAUGCAGGAGAGAAUGAGAGAUGUUGGAGCCAAAGCAUCUCCUCUGAGGAAGAGGGUGGCAGACUGGGCCAAAUCUAUUGGGCUGCAGUACAACUACAGCGCAAUGGAGGGGGAGAAUUGGGUCCCGUGGGGUUUCAUGCUGGCCAACAAUCUGGUCUUUAAGAAAGUGCGCGGCGUCUUGGGCUUGGACCGCUGCAGGUACUGCUUCACGGGGGCCGCCCCGAUCACCAGAGAAACUUUGGAGUACUUCUUAAGCCUGAACAUCCCAGUGAAGGAGCUCUACGGAAUGAGCGAAAGCUCCGGUCCUCACACCGUCUCCAUCGAUGAGUACCGCAUUGGAAGUUGUGGAAAGGUGAUUCCAGGCAGUAAAAUAAAGCUGGAGAAACCGGACGAAGAAGGGAACGGAGAGGUGUGUUUCUGGGGUCGUAACGUCUUCAUGGGUUACCUGAACAUGCCUGACAAAACAGAAGAAGCCCUCGAUAAGGACGGCUGGCUGCACUCUGGAGACCUGGGAAAAUUUGACAAGGACAACUUCCUGUACAUCACAGGGAGGAUCAAAGAGCUGAUCAUCACCGCCGGCGGCGAGAACAUCCCUCCUGUGCCAAUUGAGGACGCUGUGAAGAGUGAGCUUCCCAUCAUCAGCAACGCCAUGCUGAUUGGAGACAAGCUCAAGUUCCUCUCCAUGCUCCUCACUCUUAAAUGUGUCAUGGAUGACAACGGCGAGCCAACGAAUGAGCUGAGCCCAGAGGCUUUGGACUUCUGCCGGCAGCACGGCGUUAAUGCCACCCAGGUGUCGGAGAUCACAGCCAAUAAGGAGCCCGCUAUCUACAACGCUAUUCAAGAAGGCAUAGGUCGCGUCAAUGCAAGAUCAACGUCCAACGCCCAGAAAAUCCAGAAGUUUGUCGUGCUGGAGCGAGAUUUCUCCGUCGUUGGAGGAGAGCUGGGACCCACCUUGAAACUGAGGAGACCCAUUGUUGUGAAAAUGUACCAGGAAAAAAUAAAUGAGAUAUACUCAGGAGAGAAACAGUAGACUGCACUGCACUGCAUGGAGAGCCCAGGCGCUCAUGGGAAAUGUGGCCAGAAACAAAGGAGAGGUUUGUGUUGCCAAAAGCUGUGAGGACGUCUCUCUUUGCUUUGAAUGUAAAUCCACGUCUUACAGUUUGACACUGGCUGCACACGUGCGAAAAGAUCGCAAAGCAGAGCCAAUUUUUUAAAUUUAUUUUCCCAUGCGAAACAUGGAGGUGGGAGUUUCAUGGCUCCUAAUUAAAGAGGAAAGAACGGGUCGGUGCAACUGAAACAAGUUCGAAUGUUUACUUUGAAGAAAAACAUUUCUAAACUUCACACACAUUCCUGUUUAUUUUUUCUGGUGAAGUGCAUUUGAAUGCAGUCCAAUCUUUAAAUCUACCAUCUCCUGGUUCCCAUGACAACCUAGAGAAAAGAAAAGAACGUCAGCUGUCGCAACAAGUGCAAUGAAGGUUUAUUCUGUAUGUCGGAAACUUUUUUUUUGAGAUAUUUAUUUAGUGGUAGAUUUGUCUUCAUGAAGUAAAAAAGAAAGGCUGAAUGUUGACAUGUACUUUACUCUGUUUAAGUCAUCACGUUUUUGUCUGUAUCAGCACAAACAAUGCAUAUUAAGGGGUACACUGUCAAUGAAACUCACAAAUCAUAAAUAAGCAAAAAUAUUUUGUCAACUGAUAAUUGCUGCCACUUUAAAUAAAUGUAAAGAUUUUUUGUACGUCUAAAUCUGACUAAAUCGAUAUUAAAGAUGGUUUUAAUCUUAUAUAUAUUUGGUUAUUUCAACUAUUUAAAAAAAUGAUUUUAAUUGUGUUCUUUCGAAAUGAGAAAAAAUGGUUGUGUUUUUAAUGAAAUUAAUUAAAUUAAAUUUACGUUGGUUAUUUUUGACUGUGAUGUUUGUUAUGACUGAUAGUCGUACAAUUAAAGCACUGCAAUGAUUUAAUGUAAGAAUUUGACAACAUGUGCCUUUUUUAAAUUAAAAAUGUGCAGAAUAUAAAUCUUUGUGAAGAAAUACUGUGUAUUCACACCCACCAAUACACCUGAAUUAGCUGCUCUCCUCUUGUUGCACUGCUUUUAUUAUAAUUAAAUGGAUCAUAUCUAACGCUGGAGUUGUAAGCAUCACUACACCCUCACUGGAGGCUGCUAUCAGAGAAAAGUCUAACUCUGUACAACCUGAUUUAAAACGUGUUUCCAUGUUUUCCUUCAAACAAGCUGUUUCAGUUUUAUCAGUGCUCAGGUUUGUGCAUUCCUUAGUUUUUUUCAUUAUAUUUUACAAGUUUAUAACAUUAGAGAUGUGUGGAUCUAGAUGAUGAAUGUUUAUAUUUCUAAGGGGCAUAAAUGAAGCAGCAUGGACCGAAGCUAGUUGAUCCAAAAAAUUUGCCAAAAUUAGCAGCUGAGUGGGAAAACUGAUUGAGAUGUUGUACAAAUAACAGCGACACACCCCCAAAACACACCCACUCCAAUAAAAACUGUGUUUUUAA